GCUCUCUCGCGUGGGCUUGCCGUGGAUUUUUUAACGAUAUAAGAUCUCGAGACCGAUCGGCUGCAGCUUCAUUUGCGAUUUCGCUGGUUUCCAGAGUUUGCGCUUCCAACGAUGACGCGUAUUGCGUUUUUGUUUGUAAUCCUCGUUUUUGGAGUCGCAGAUAAUAGCAAAGUCUCAGCUUCAAAAUGCAAGACGAGUGUUAGCGUCAUUCAGCCUCAGCAAGAUAUCGGCGAAGACGGCAAUCGGUACACUAUGAUAAACAUCCCGGGAUUCGAGCAAAACGCAACGUCCGUCGAGUGCUUAUCAAACCAGACGUGCACAUUGGGCACGUGCCAGCAGGACUACAAGCUGCAUCAAUUUUUAACGGUACCGCACGGCAAGCAGCAAUUCGAGCUCGACGAAUUGAAGUUUCGGCUUUUCAAGAUUCCUUACGGGUGUAAAUGCGCUGCUUGAACUAUCUUCGGUAUGUUUUGGCUUCACGUGUUGAGAUAACAUUGUAUAAGUGUGUUAUCUGAAGUUUAGAGCCAAACAAGAGUAAUUUGGCAAAAGUGUCUCCAUAUGUGCUCACGUGUGUGUGUGGGUGUGUGUGUGUAAUCAGUCAUAUUUCAAAAUUCCGUAGACAGAUUUUGAUAAACUUUAGCCUUUUUGGAUUUUAGAUGCUUAUUGCCGUUUUUAAAUAAAAUUGAACAAAUUAU